UGCGCGGGCGCAGUCCGGCCUCUGGGCAAAGAUGCGCGCGCAGCGCUUUGCGCUCCAGCGGAAGUUUCCGCGGGGCAACUGAGAAGGUGAGUCCCAGUCCCUGCUGAGGAUCCGAGGUCAGGCCGCAGAAACCCGGGACCCCACCUCUCGCCUCAAGUACAGAAGUGAGGGGAAGGCCACUGUUAAGAUGGAAUUUCCAGCCCACUGAAUCCAAGGACCAGACUGUGACCCCUUAAAGGAGGGACAGAUGGCUAGAGGCUCAACACAGUGGUCAGGAACUCGUUUCAGAAGUGGCCACUCUAGGGAGUAUACUCAAGCAUGAUCUCCUUCUGUCCAGAAUGUGGCAAAAGUAUCGAAGCAACAUUCAAAUUCUGCCCCUACUGUGGAAAACCUUUGCCUACAGAGGAGCACGUGGGGUCCCAGAUCUCCUUUGUCAAACCACGUGCGUCAUCCUUCCGAGGCUCAAGGAGAGAGCUGCACUCCAGUUCUGAAAUCUCUCCCAAGAAAGUGAAAUGGUCCAGCAUUGUCACCUCUCCCCCAUUAUCCCUCUUCUCAGACGGUGACAGUUCUAAGUCUGAAAAUACCUUGAGUCCCUCUGAGAGACCCAAAGAGGCCUGGAGCAGAUCCCCAACCCCCAAAAGCAGCCCGCAGAUGACUAGGCAAAGCCCUCAGACACUGAAGCGGAGCCGGGUGACCACCUCCCUUGAGGCUUUGCCCUCAGGGACAGUGCUAACUGACAAGAGUGGGCGAUGCUGGAAGCUGGGAUCCCUCCAGACCAGGGAUGACCAGGGAAUUCUCUAUGAAGCUGAGCCAGCCUCUGUCCUCCCCUGCAAGUCAGGUGCGCAGAAACAAAGAUUCUCACUCAAACUGGAUGCUAAGGAUGGACGCUUGUUCAAUGAGCAGAACUUCUUCCAGCGGGCUGCCAAGCCUCUGCAAGUGAGCAAGUGGAAGAAGCUGUACUCAACCCCCCUACUGGCCAUCCCCACCUGUGUCGGUUUUGGUGUUCACCAGGACAAAUACAGGUUUUUGGUGUUCCCCAGCCUGGGGAGGAGCCUUCAUUCAGCCCUGGAUGACAACCCGAAGCAUGUGAUGUCAGAGAAGGCCGUGUUCCAGGUGGCAUACAGACUGCUGGAUGCCCUGGAGUUCCUCCAUGAAAAUGAGUACGUUCAUGGAAAUGUGACAGCUGAGAAUGUCUUUGUGAAUCCAGAGGAUCUGAGCCAGGUGACCCUGGUGGGCUAUGGCUUCACCUUCCGCUAUUGUCCAAGUGGCAGACAUGUGGCCUACAUGGAAGGCAGCAGGAGCCCACAUGAGGGGGACCUCGAGUUCAUUAGCGUGGACCUACACAAGGGAUGUGGGCCCUCCCGCCGCAGUGACCUCCAGACCCUAGGCUACUGUAUGCUGAAGUGGCUCUUUGGGUUCCUUCCCUGGACAAACUGCCUUCCCAACACCGAGGAUAUCAUGAAGCAGAAACAGAAGUUUCUUGACAACCCAGAGCCUCUCGUGGGACUGUGUGGCCACUGGAUGAGGCCCUCAGAGACCCUGCAGGAGUACCUGAAGGUGGUGAUGGCCCUCAAGUAUGAUGAGAAGCCACCCUACAGCAUGCUGAGGAACAAUCUGGAAACCCUGCUGCAGGAUCUGAGAGUGUCACCCUAUGACCCCGUUGACCUCAAGAUGGUGUCAUAGGUGGAAUCCAAAUGGGAAAAGUUUAACUUUCAACUUGCAGUUUGAAAUAGAAAAAAAAAAUGAAGCAGUUCGACUCAAAGCCUGCUGUUUAAUCACAGAUAAGCUUCUAGAAGAAUCCUUGGAAUGUGCAUUCCUGCCACUUCUUUAGGCAUCACUCAUCAGUCUCUAUGAACAUCAGGGAACCCGGCAUUUACCCUCCAGAUAAUGUGAAGUUUCUUCUUUCAGCCAUCGUCUCCAGCCAGCCACUGGGGCUGUGGAUGGAGAAGAUGGGGGUGGGCCAGCCCUUCAGGGGGAUCCCUCCUACCAUUGACCCACUAGGCUUUACUAAUAAAUUGUUUUCUUAGGGUUUAGGGAGUCCAGUGUCUGCAAAGGAAGCUCUUUUUGGAAAAGUUUAGCUUUUCUUUUUCUUAUUCAUCUGUCCAUUCAGCCUUUCAUCCAGCCAGUCUUUCAUUCAUCUAUUCGAACUUUCAUGCAGACACCCAUUCAUCCACUAUUCCACUUAUCCAUUCACCCACCAGCCAGCCAACCAGCUGGCCACCAACCCACUUGUCCAUCCACCUUUCACCCACCCGUUCAUCCAUCCACCUACCUACCCAUCUAUCCCUUCAACCUUUCAUUCAUCCAUCACCCUUUUAUUCAUCUAUCCAAACUUUCAUGCACGCACCCAUCCAUGCAGUCUUCCACUUAUGCAUCCAUCCAUCCACCUUUCACCCACCUGUUCAUCAUCCAUUCAUCCUUCCAUCCAUCCAUUCUUUUACCACUCAUCCUUUACUCAUCCCUUACUCCUACUCUUCCACACAAGUAUCCUUCCUUUCAUUUAACAAAUAUUCACAAGGUAUUUCUUGAGCAGGUGCUACAUGACAAGCAUGCUGCUACAUGGAUGUUACCAAGUGAACAAAACAUACUAGUGUCCUCGAGCUGAUGGUGCAUAUAGUCAAGUAAUAGAGUAUUUAAAUGAGCCAACUUCAGGUUGUGAUGAACACUCUGGAGAAAAAACACAGUGUAUGAUGGAUAGUGAGGAGCCCAAGGAUGGGAGAGCUCCUUUGGGGAGAGAGACCAGGAGGGAGACUGGGGUAGUAGUCCCAGUCUGGGAGCAUGAGGCUGGGACCAGGCAGUAGGGCAAUGUGGAUUGUGGGAGGAAGGGAGGAGCUGGGAGAGAUUUUGGAGGCAGAUCGGUAAGCAGCACCUGGUGAAUGAUUGGGUUGGGAGGGAUUAAGAAGAGGAAGGAGAUAAAUCUACCCUAAGAAUUUCGAGUAUCCUGCAUCAUCCCCAUACAUUGGAAUAUGAAGAAUCAGAGGCCAGGUGGUGGGAAAAACUGCUCAGAGAAGCACUGAUCCUCCUUUCAGACUUCUGAAAGUCUACUGGCCAAAAGCAGCCUGACUCCAGUGACCACACUAAUACAGCUGAAAGUCAGUUCCUAAACACCCUAGCUCCUGACAGUGCACCAAUCCUUGAAUGCCAGGCUUCCUGAAACUUGGUGUGUAAUCAACUCUGGCUUUAACCUGGAAGACUGUUCCUUCUACAAACAGCUCUACCUUGUAAACAAAGGGUUAGGGCACCUUUUUUUGCAACAUAUUGAGUUGUGUUUAUUGUUAGUUCUCAAGUUUGCAACCCUUUGAAUGGUUCAACCCUUGUUUCUGGUUAGUUGUGAGUUCAGAAUUGUGACAUACACACUGAUAUGGCUGUGAGGUUAUCAAAUCCAACCUUUUCCAUUCUUGUAGUUGCUCUUAUCAGUGUCUUAUUUGUAUAUAUUUAAAGCCCAAAAUGACAAAACAUAAGUGUAAACUUUAUAAUGAGUGUACUUUUAUUAAAUGAGGGAAAAGUCAAAAUUUUGAAGUUCCUUGUGCAGUAUGCAGUGCAUUCAAUUUCAGAUAUGUCGGAAAGUUAGAUACAAACCAGCAAACACUAACAGCUUAGCCUCAGAGAUGUAUGAUUUCCUCAACUAGUACCAAAGCAAAUGAUAAAAUAAUUUCUUAAUUAUGGGAAAUUCAGGUGAAGAUAAAAUAAUGGCAGCAGAAGUUGUAAUGGCCUCCCACACUGUAUAUCAUUAUAACUCAGGUCAAACAGCUGUUUGAAUGUACUGCUUUCAGAAGUAUUUUCUGACUCCAAAAUUGCAAGCAAAUGUUCAAAUUCCAGGACAAAAUCUCCUAAAAUAAUAAAAAUAUAAAAGCUCUGUUUGCUAUUACAGAAGUUAUCAAAGAUCUAAAUGCCUCAUCUUUUUAUGGCAUAGCCACGGAUACAAGUUAUCACAAUGCAGAAAAUAAUUUCCCUUUGCUUUGAAAUAUUUUUCUUGUGAAAAAGGCUUGCUUAUAAGUUUACUACAAGCAAAAUCCUUUCCAGGUGAGACUUCAGAAAAAAAGAAAAAAGAAAGAAAAAAGAGCAAAUGUUUGCAAAGAUUCUUUUACUGAGUUGGAAGUUAAUGAGAAAAAUGUUAUUGCUUUUGGUGGAGAUCUGCAACUACAAAUUUGUUGUGUGUUUGUGGAAGACAAUGUUUAUUCAAAGUGGAAGCGCAGCAUCUUCAAUGGAAGGUGUUGGUUACCUUGCUCAUCUACAAAGUGCCUUCAAGUUCAAACAGCAUCUGAUGUCCUUUCUACUGACAUUGAAGUAAUUGUUAUGAAAUUUUCUUACUUAGCCUUUAUACUGUUUGAACUGAGGGAUUAAAGCAUUUUUAUGAUUUGUUGCCAUUAAGUAUUCUUCAGUUCUCUUGUAUUCAAAACCCCACUGGCUCUCUUCAACAAAUGAAGUUGAGAGAAUCCUCAGUUUACUUACUUGAAGCACUGAAAUCAUACUUUAAUUCUGAAGAAAAGGCCCCCAAAUUUUUGUCUUUUAAAUAAGUCAUGGAGUGAAGCACAUUUUAUUUCUCAUUUAUAUUUUCCCAUCUCUGUUUCGCAACAGGAUUGUGCAAGUUGAGAGAACAGCAAACAAGGUUAAGUGCUUGUUUCUUGAAAGA